GAAAAGUUAUAUAUUUAGAAUUGGCCAGCUGGACUUGGUUUAGAUGAUCCCAAUUUUGUUGGCAACAUCCCAAAGCAUCAUAAUCAGGAGCCAGUCGAACAUAUGCCUUCUUCUCACCAUCAGGCCUGAUCAGGGUGUUGACCUUGGCCACAUCAAUGUCAUAAAGCUUCUUCACAGCCUGUUUGAUCUGGUGCUUGUUAGCUUUGACAUCCACAAUGAACACAAGUGUGUUGUUGUCUUCUAUCUUCUUCAUGGCAGACUCCGUGGUCAGGGGGAUCUUGAUGAUGGCAUAGUGGUCAAGCUUGUUUCUCCUGGGGGCGCUCUUCCGAGGAUAUUUGGGCUGCCUCUGGAGUCUCAGAGUCUUUGGCCGCCAGAAGGUUCUUCAGCAAAAGCCCUUGUCAGUUUAAAAGAAGGAAGCUUAUCUAACACAUGGAAUGAAAAGUACAGUUCUUUACAGAAAACACCUGUUUGGAAAGGCAGGAAUACAGGCCCUACUGUGGAAAUGCCUUUCAGAAAUUCAAAACGAAGUCGACUCUUUUCUGAUGAAGAUGAUAGACAAAUAAAUACAAGAUCACCUAAAAGAAACCAGAGGGUUGCAAUGGUUCCACAGAAAUUUACAGCAACAAUGUCAACACCAGAUAAGAAAGCAUCACAGAAGAUUGGUUUUCGGUUACGUAAUCUACUCAAGCUUCCCAAAGCACAUAAGUGGUGCAUAUAUGAGUGGUUCUAUUCAAAUAUAGAUAAACCACUUUUUGAAGGCGAUAAUGACUUCUGUGUAUGUCUAAAAGAGUCUUUCCCUAAUUUAAAAACAAGAAAGUUAACAAGAGUAGAAUGGGGAAAAAUCAGGCGGCUUAUGGGAAAACCCCGGAGAUGUUCUUCUGCAUUUUUUGAGGAAGAGAGAUCAGCAUUAAAACAGAAACGGCAGAAAAUAAGGCUCUUACAACAGAGGAAAGUUGCAGAUGUUUCACAAUUUAAAGAUCUCCCAGAUGAAAUUCCUUUGCCUCUGGUUAUUGGAACCAAAGUUACAGCACGAUUACGUGGUGUUCAUGAUGGUCUGUUCACUGGACAAAUAGAUGCUGUGGAUACUCUUAAUGCCACUUAUAGAGUGACUUUUGAUAGGACUGGGCUUGGAACCCAUACUAUCCCUGACUAUGAAGUUCUUAGUAACGAACCUCAUGAGACAAUGCCAAUUGCUGCCUUUGGACAAAAACAGCGGCCUUCUCGAUUUUUUAUGACCCCCCCACGGUUACAUUAUACUCCUCCUCUCCAGUCACCAAUUACGGAUAAUGAUCCUUUAUUAGGACAAUCACCUUGGAGAAGUAAAAUUUCUGGCUCUGACACUGAAACCUUAGGUGGUUUUCCAGUAGAAUUUCUUAUCCAAGUGACGAAAUUAUCAAAAAUUCUCAUGAUUAAAAAGGAACAUAUCAAGAAAUUAAGGGAAAUGAACACAGAAGCAGAAAAACUGAAAUCAUACUCCAUGCCCAUUGGCAUUGAAUUUCAGAGGAGAUAUGCGACAAUUGUUCUAGAGCUUGAACAGCUGAACAAGGACCUAAACAAAGUUUUGCAUAAAGUUCAACAGUAUUGCUAUGAGCUUGCUCCAGACCAGGGCCUCCAGCCUGCAGAUCAGCCUACAGAUAUGAGACGGAGGUGUGAGGAAGAAGCACAGGAAAUAGUUCGGCAUGCAAAUUCCUCAACAGGACAACCCUGUGUUGAAAAUGAAAAUCUGACAGACUUGAUCUCCAGGCUUACGGCUAUUUUAUUACAAAUUAAGUGUCUAGCAGAAGGAGGAGACCUGAAUUCCUUUGAAUUCAAAUCACUUACAGAUUCAUUAAAUGAUAUCAAAAGUACAAUAGAUGCUUCUAAUAUCAGUUGCUUUCAGAAUAAUGUAGAAAUCCACGUUGCACAUAUUCAGAGUGGCCUGAGUCAGAUGGGAAACUUACAUGCCUUUGCAGCAAAUAAUACCAACAGAGACUGAAUAGAAGAUUUCCUUAUUUCAACUGCACAGGGGCACUGUGUUUGAGAAGUGCUUUUCCUUUAUAUAGGCUUCCAACACCAAAUAACCUAACUGAUGGAAAACAAGGGAAAUGUAUCUCCAAAUAAGGCAUUUUAAUAUUCUGUACUGCUUCUUAAACCAGCAUUGCUGACCAGCAUAUUUAUUUUUCUUUUAUUAUUCAGAUGCUGUAGCAUUGCUUAUGUUACAUACGUUUAUUAGCAAGUAUUUUUAAACUGAAAAUGUCUAAACAUAAUUUCGUGGAAGAAUACAUUGACCAUUUUUUUUAACAUGUAUGAAUUCAACCCAACACCUGCAGACAACUACUGCAGUGGAGAACAUGAAGAAACAUGGUCUCUUUGUGCAUAUUGGUGGCAGUGUGGACAGUCCAUCUGGAAAAUUAUAACUUCUGUUGAUUUAAUGGAUCACCAUCUAAGUCUUCAAAGCAUAACAUCUGGGAAGUCCGAGUUUUAAGGAAGCCACUGAAGUAUAGAUGGGAAAUAAGGACUUUACAAGUAUAUAUGACAUAUACUUGAAAUGUGACAUGGUUCUAUAUAUCAUUUUAUAAUAAUAUUUUAAUUUAUCAUAAUUUAUAUAAAAGAAACCUUUGUGUUUGUCUGUUGAAAGAAAAUGAAGGAGCAGGAGAAACAUUACUGCAAGAUGCUAAAUUUCCACAGCAGAUUUGGCAAAUCUUUUCCCGUCGAUUCAGGUCAAAAGUGCUAUUGUUAUGAGAUUUAUUUAAAAAAUAAAAAGACUAAUAACACACUAUUUUCAUAUUUUUGUUUAUUUGCACAACUUUUAAACCAGAUUACUGGUUAAAAUCCAACAGUACACAGUUUAUAAAAUAAAAAGGAUUUUUAUAAGGAAAACAAAUAUAAUAACCAGUGCUGUGAAAUGCAGAAGAAAGGUUUUUGAUUGUUGUGGCUUUUUGUUUUUCUUUUUUAAGGAAAACCCUGCCUGAAAUAUUAAUCUUGUAAAAAGUAUGUAUUUGUAAUAUUUUGUUUGUUUUAACAUAGAAUACUAUAAAGUCAAAAUAUAUUGUUGUUUUCAGAUUUGGAGUUUAAGAUAUAGCUGUGGAGGUGAUUUUGAUUUUUUCAGAUGUCUCAUAAAAUGAGGCUUUUUAUAUGUUAAUGUAUAAUAAAAUUGAAGCAAGAUUAUUUUCCAUUUGAAAUUUUUGUAUAGUUUAAAAAUGCUUCUGUAUUCUUUGUUGGUAUUGUGCCACUGCAAAACUUUAGUGCAGAGUUUAUAUUUAGCUAAACUGUUAUGUUAAUUAAGAAAUGCAUAAAUCUUUUAUUCUUAAUAUUUGUAAUUCUAAAUAAAUUGAUCUAUGAAAAUUAA